AUGUUUUCCUCAGAUCCCACUGAUCUGUGGACCCCUAUCGAUCCGGCAGCUGCCCACAGGAGCUACAACCGAGGAGACCAGGGCCAUCUGGAUAAAAGCACACAAAACGCCUCCGCGACAAUUGGAAUUGACUUCCUGUCAAAAACCAUGUAUUUGGAGGACAGAACGUUGGGGCUCUCUGACUUGCAGGUUCGGUUGCAGUUGUGGGACACGGCAGGCCAGGAACGUUUCAGGAGCCUCAUUCCGAGCUAUAUAAGAGACUCCACCGUAGCUGUGGUGGUGUAUGACAUCACAAAUGUGAAUUCAUUCCAGCAAACUUCCAAAUGGAUCGAUGAUGUGAGAACGGAGAGAGGAAGUGAUGUCAUCAUCAUGCUGGUGGGCAAUAAAACAGAUCUGGCAGAUAAGAGGCAAAUCACGAUCGAGGAAGGCGAGCAGCGGGCCAAGGAGCUGAGUGUGAUGUUUAUCGAGACCAGUGCCAAGACAGGCUACAAUGUCAAACAGCUGUUUCGACGUGUGGCAGCUGCCCUUCCAGGAAUGGAGAGCAUGCAAGAGACAAGCAAAGAAGGCAUGAUUGACAUUAAAUUGGACAAACCACAGGAGCCUCCGACUACCGAGGGUGGAUGUUCCUGUUAAUAGCUCACAUCUGAUUUCCAGCAUCAUCUACACCACGUGCUUGUUGUGUUGCUUCCUCUUGGUUAGCUUCCAGUUGUGUUUUCAGAUUGGAUAUUUGGCCUUCCCAUCUGACUUUAGUAACUGGUUGGAAUCAGUGUUACAUCAAUUUCAAAUGUAAAAUAGUAUACUUUAGUAACAAAAUUGCCAAAAAUCCUAAAAAUUCGAAAUCAACAAAAAUGUAGACUAUGUCCAACGUAUAUACUUUUUGAAAAUGUAGAGAGGUAGAUUUUUUUUCUUCUUUGUUUUGUAUUUUUGUAUACAAGGAUGAGCACUAAAUUCUAUAAUUUUGCCAUAAAAAGCAGGAUUCGAAAAGCAGGAGGGCAAUUCAAACAACUAAUAACCACAAAAAUAUGGAAAACGUGCAUGUUAGCCAUUUUUAAAAGUAUCAUCUCAGUCCUGCUGGCUACUGUGCGCAAGAUUAUGUGAAUCCGUACGUUUUUUUUCUGACUCGAUGCACUUCAUGCAAUCAGCUCAUUUCAGCCUGUUUUUCUUGCCGUGACAGAACUUGAAAUUUUAAGUUUAAGGCCAAGUGAAUUUGUGUAAAUGUGUCACUUCCGAUCCCUAAAAACCUUUCCAUAGUAUGUGUGUGUGUGUGUGUGUGUGUGUGUGUGUGUGUGUGUGUGUGUGUGUGUGUGUUUUUCUUUUUAAAAACACGUUUAUAUGCGGUUCGUGUCUUAAUUACGUGGUUUAUUGAAUGUUUACGGCAUCAUUUUUCUUUAGAAUUUCCUGUUCACGAUGAAAGGAAACGGCUCGUGCAAACGACCUAACACGAGAAAAGGAUUCCCUUUCUUCGGUGGAAUGUUUUUUUUAUUCUUUAACUAAAUUAGGGCGUUUAGUGCAGUGCAGAUAGUCGCAAGACCGUGAACGCGACAGAGGAGCAAAUCAUGCAUCCAGACUUGUUCGUUCAUAUUUAAUUGAUUGGAAUAACUCAUUUGCACGUCAGCGGUUUUCCACGCCGAUUCAUCAAACAGCCCGAUUCCAUUGUAAAUACAUCAGCUGUCGUUUUCAAGCAGGCUUUAAUAUCAGAAAUGCAAAGAUGGGACAUUCCUCCAAAAAUAACUGUAGUUUCACUUUUAAGAAAUUAGCAUUAUGCAGCAUUAUAGUGUUUGCCUCGUGUAGAAACCCACUCAUGUCUACAGCUGCUCUUUGGGCCAGUAAAUUGUAGUGCACUGACCGGGGACAUACGUGUAGUAUAUCAGUUUCUUUGAAAUGUGUUUCAUGUGAAUCCUAAAUGCACUUUUUCGACAAAGGAAGAUGUAAAUGUUUCCAAAUUUGCCGUCGAACGUCUGUCCUCGAAACCACUUUAGAGUUCAAACUGUAGCGUACAUCUCUGUGAAAACCUCUCGAGGGUCACUGUACAGAUAAACUGUUUGUAAAUUUGCUUCACACGACGUCAUAUACGAGUCGAGACUAGCUAUUUGUGACAUUGAGAAAUCGUGAGUAGGAGCACAUGACACAGCGCCCCGAAUCCAAGCAGAAUCCAGCGAGGUUUAGUCGGAAUGGAAGGUGAAUUCCACUGAACUGACUGACUCAUAUCAAACCCUUUUCGUCACGCUUUUGGUUCGUUUGGAAGCUUGAAGGGGAUCAGAUUCGUCUGUGCCGAUGCUUUCUCAAAUCGCAGAGAGGUUCAGAAAAGCUGGGUGGAGGUAUUUAUUGUUUUUGUUUACAUUUUGCUUUCUGUCUUCUGAAAAGAGGUUUGAAUUUAAUGGGGCGCAGAUACGCGUCAUAUCAUCAUUGUACCUGUACAACCGGUAGUCAUUGUGAUUGACACGACGCUACAUCAGCCUUGGGUGAAUGUCUGUGCGUGAGUUGAGUUAUGCUUUUAAGGGUGCAACCAUUCCCGGUGUAUAUGUUUUAGCUCGGUGGAGCCAGCCUGAUUGAUUCAGAGCUAGCUUUACCAUUCACACUGUAUAGAAAUCUAGCAUGUUGGUCCAAAUCAGUAAAAUCAAUAAAAGUGUCUUAUUACCAAAAAUGUA